AUGGCACCCUUCAACUGGAGCAUCAAUGCCACUUUGAUGGCUGCGAUCUUACUAAUCUUCCUCAGCUCCCCAAUCCAAGCGGCAAACGUCGAGCGACGGCAAGGGCAAGAUCAGUGCAAUCCCGCCAACGACCAUCUCACAAUCCAUGACUGUGCCGUGUACGUUAUCUCAUCAUUUUUCGUCAGGGCUAAUGACCGUACCGCCGAUUUCCCUACCUACCCCGUGAUCGUGGACUGUCGAGGUGGCACAGAUGUUUCUGCCGGUCGACUGCUCGACAGAAAUGGCAACGAUGGAUUCGAACGUCUCCAGGAGAUGUGCACCAAGAAUGGACAAGCCGGACAACUCUUUGUCCGAGGCGACUGCCAAAUUCGGACCGAAAAAAGUUGA